AUGUCGGCCAAGAAAGAUCUCCUUAUCCGAGAUCUUGACUUUAUCAGCCACGAAAAUGGGUUCAACGAGGCUAAUCCGAGUGACCCGUCGUAUGCCACCCAAGUUUCUGACCAAGGAUUCCUCGUUCGAAGUCAUAGCAUGGGCCCAGGAGCCAAAGAGGAGAAUGCCUCAAAUUUGAGAAAGAAGAACGACGGCGAUUGCCAGUUGCAGUGGAGCGACGACGCGUCGAGUAGCUUCCGAACACAGGGCAAGUUCACCAUUGCAAUUGCAUACACACUCAAGCUACACAAGCUACGCGAGCCACUUUUCCCGGAGAGCCUGCUCGUCAAUGCCCCUGUUUCUUUGCAGGACUAUGACAGCGCAAUGCAAAAGUUGCGGCAAGAAUGCUAUGAAGCACAAUGUUUUACGAACGCCCCUCACAUCGACUUUGGUCUGAGGCGGAAUCUAGAGCAUAUUCUCUCUGUUUGCAGCAUUCCCGUUGAUCCUGCCGAUAAAGGCGAGCUCCAUUGA